ACACAAUAAUUCUUAGUUCUGCUUGCUUCAAUAAUGGAUAAAGCUUUCGAGAUUCAAAAAAAUGUUCGAGAUAAUGCUAAGACGCUGCAAACGUACUUGACAGAUUUGCAAAAUUGGGAGAUCGAGAUGAAACGAAAGGAGGCCGCACUCAACGGCGAGUUUGAGCAGGAUUUACCACCCGUUCGAAGCAAGAUAAAGAAGGAAAAACCACCUGUAGUGAAGAAGGUACCAGAAAAACGAAUUCCAUCGCAUGAUUAUAAAUCCUGGGAAAAAUUUGAUGUUGACAAAGCAUGCGAGGAAGUAGAUAUGGAAGACAUUGGACCUGUUUCUCUUGACAGCAAGAAAAGUAAGGAUGCUAAACUGGAGAAGCUCAGAGAAGAGGCUCAACAUGAGAAAGAGAGGGGCAAUGCAUAUGUGAAGCAAGAAAAGUGGGAUGAAGCUAUAUCCUGCUACACCAGAGCUAUUGAGCUGGUCAAAGAUGAUGCUAUAUAUUACGCCAACAGAGGGCUCUGCUAUCUCAAGAAAGACAGUUUACACCAAGCAGAAACAGACUGCACCGAAGCCCUACGCCUCGACCCCACCUACGUGAAGGCGCUCCAACGCCGCGCCACCGCCAGGGAGCGCCUCGGGUCCCUCCGCUCAGCCUCGCACGAUCUGAUUGAAGUAUUGAAGUUGGAACCUAAAAAUAAUGCGGCUAAGAAACAAUUGGAUACUAUCAAAGCUAGAAUGGGCACUAAAGGGGCCAAGUCAAAGUCGUCUCCAUCCACAACACCGAUUAUCGAGAACAAGUCUAUAAUGAAACCCCACGGCCAAGUCAAGAUCACGGAGCUACCGGACCAGCCUAAAGUGGAGGAGGUGGUCCCGAAAGUCAUAUCGCCCGAUGAGAAGUGGAGAAAUGGUGAUGGUGAACCGAUUACUGUGAUCAAACCAGUGAAGAAACCACCGCAUUUGAGGUCAAAGAGAAUGCUCAAACCUGUUCAAAUCAAGGAGAUCCCCUUAGGCAAGGUGUCUGCUGAAAAUGAAAAAGCUUCAACUCGCAUGAAGAUUAUAGAAAUUGAAGAUGAUAAGGCGCAUGGUGACAGUAACAAUAAUGAUUCAGGGAAAAAUGUCGGCCCUCUUUACAAUGGAGACAAAGGCAAAGGAGACGGUAAACUAGCUAGUCCAGAAUCUGCGAAACUCAUCGCGGAAACCAUAUUCAACGAGAAGGAGAGUUUGGAUAAAAUGGUACCUCCAGUCAAUAGUGUUCAAUUCAUGACCGGAUGGAAGUGUCUCAAAGGACACGAUUCGGCCAAGAGCCAUUAUUUAAGUAUUAUAGAACCAUCUAAAAUCCCGUCCAUCUUCGAGAACGCUCUAGAAAGUGACAUACUAUCGGAUCUUCUGCGCGUACUAACGAAUUAUACGGAGAAAUAUAAGGAGAAGACUGUGAAGGAGUAUUUGAAAAAUAUUUGCAGGGUGAAAAGAUUUUCCGCUCUGGCCAUGUUCUUGUCCAACAAUGAUAGAGAGCACAUCGAAAAGCUACUACAUCACUGUGUGGUUAAUGAGGCCGCCACCGACGAAGAGAUAGCAGAUUUGAAGAACAAAUAUGAACUCUAAGACUUGUAUUGUAGGGUAGUUAUACAAUUGUAGAUCAAAUAAUUAUAUUAUUAUUGCUUGGACAUUUUGGGACAUUGGUUUUUUACGGAUUUUCAACCCUUAAGCGUUUUAUAAAUUAGAGAUUCUUCUUUUAGGCGAAGGGCUAGCAAUCUGUCACGUAUCUCAAUCUCAAUUCCAUUAAUAAUCUAUUCGGCUGAAUGUCGCCUUCGAGUCUUAUCGACGCUGUUGGUUCUGUCUACCCCGUAUGGGAUAAAUACAUUAUAUUGCCGUGCCGUGUGGUUCCCGGCACCAAUACAAAAAAUAAUAGGACCACUCCAUCUCUUUCCCAUGGAUGUCGUAAGAGGCGACUAAGGGAUAGGCUUAUAAACUUGAGAUUCCUCUUUUAGGUGAUGGGCUAGUCACUAUUUGAAUCUCAAUUCUAUCUUAAAGCCAAAUAGCUGAACGUGGCCUAUCAGUCUUUACAAGGCUUUGUUGGCUCUGUCUACUCCGCAAGGGAUAUAGAUGUGAUUAUAUGUAUGUAUGUAUGUAGUAUAUAUGUUGCGAUGAAGGAGAACAACUUGAUGGUGUCUUUAGUCCUGAUUACAUCUUCAUCUCCCUGGAGAGGAGUCCUGGGCACGUGUUUGAUGAUGAUGAUGACCAUUAUUCUUGAUUCGGUCAGUUUCUUACACGAAUCGACGCCCGUCUGACCUCCGUGACCUUUGUAAGGAACCUAAUCCUUGUGGCAUCAUGGUUGCAUCCAGUUUCCUAAAUGUGCAGGUUACCCCACGAUGUUUUCCCUCACCGUGAGAGCAUCGGUUGACACUUAAACUAAUGUACAGUCAAAAGCACAUCAAC